UUAUUUCCUGCGACAUCAUCGCAACUUAACUUAAAUUGCGUAAUAUAGCUGUGUUUACCAACAAAAAAAUCUCUUCCCAUUCCUUUGACCGGCAAACGAUUUGAAUCGUUUGAAUCAAAACAGAAAAAAUAGCCGUCAUGGUAAGUGUGAGUCACGUUAAUCUCGCGUCACCACGGUGCGGUGCAACGUGACAAAAAUCCCCGCCUGUGUGCCGUACGUACAUACGUACCGGAAUGACACACAAUAACUUGGUUGACCUACACUGAUGCAAUGCCGACAUGACAGUGGUGAAAUUCGAGAAUGUUUAUCGCCCGCUUUGCAACCACUCACCCACCACCCACCGCCCCACAAUAAUAACAGAUGAGUCAUAAGCCGGUUGGAUGAUCACGUUGAAACAUGAAAAAACCUGAUACUCUCUGUUUACAAAUACGAUAGAUAAGAAGCGGCGGCGAUGGCGUUGCACUGGUUUGUGUUGUUCGGUAUAAAUAGCUCGGGGAGAGCUACCGACAGCAGCAUAACGCAAUCAUGGCUUCGAAUAACAGCAACAUUACCGCUGGAGGAGUGGCUCAGAUUGGCAUCAUUCCGGAGUUCAAUGGUCAGACGGAUGAUUGGAGUGUUUACCGGGAGAUACUGGAGGAAUUUCUGAAGGCUAAUGGAGUAUCGGAAGGCAAUCGGGCGUCGGUUUUGAUGAGCGUAAUUGGAAGCGGAACUUAUCGGACGCUGCGAAAUCUGUGCCAUCCGGAUUCACCGAAGGACAAAAGCUACGAGCAGUUGUGCGAUUUGUUGGCCAAGCAGUACCUACCGGAGAUAGCAGUUUUUCGUGAGCGAUCUAAGUUCUAUCGGGCGGAGCAGUGCUUUGGAGAGGAUGUCAAGUCGUGGUUCGCUCGCUUGAAGAAACUAUCGGUAGACUGCAAGUUCGGAGAGCAGCUGGAACCGCUGCUGUUGGACAAAUUUGUGGUUGGAUUGAUUCCCGGCCCGAUUCAGGAUAGGCUUUGCGAGGAGAACGAAACAUUGACGUUGAAGGAUGCUGUUGACUUGGCGGCCAACCGAGAGUCCGCUCUGCAGGACGAGGGUAUGGCCAAGGACAUUGAAGAUAUGCAUUUGGGCGAGCGAAGACGUGGCCGUAAGCGGCAUGGCCACCGUCAUCAUGGAAGGCACGAAUUUGAUCCCCGAAUGGGCUUUGACUUUGGAUUCGGUCCCGGACCGCACCAUCACCACCCACAUCAUCACCAUCAUCGUCGCCACCAUGGCCCACCUCCACCACCUCAUCACAUGCGUGGAUUCUUUGGAAUGGGUUACGGCCCGAUGGAUCGUCGUGGCCCGCCGCCAACGGCGGAUUUUUUUCAUCACCACCACGGGUUUCGUGGAUUCGGACCGAUUGAGCGUUUCGGGGGUCCCUGCGGACCGAUGGAGUCGCGUGGUCGUGAAAUGAAACGCUGGGCUAGAAAGUGGCACAAGCAUGGCCGCAGAGCUCGGUCAACUUCGAGCUCGAGCAGCUCUAGUUCCAGCAGCAGCAGUAGCAGCAGCAGCAGCAGCAGCAGCAGCUCAAGUUCCAGCAGCGAUGGGGCCAAAAAGAAACGCAAACAUCACAAGAAGCAUGGUAAGGGCCACCGGCAUGGAAAGUUUGACCACGGAAGGGGUUCCAAAUGUCCCCGAGGUGAACGCGGUGGACGCCAUUGCAGUCGCAACAAGGAGAAGGCCAACAAUGCGGACCCGAUGGUGACGGAAAAUACUGAACCGGAGUUGAUUGAAUGAAUUCGUACCUAAUUAUUGCAUUUAUUAUACUAUUCGUGAUAUGCUAAGCUGUUUUAAUCAAAUAUCUGUAUACCCAACUAUUUAAUGGAAAAAAAUGGUGAAAAUUACAAAAAAAAAAUGUAAAUCUUGAAAA